UGGAUUUGGGUGUGGUUAUGGUUGUGGAUAUGGUUAUGGUUAUGGCUAUGAUGACUCGUGGGGAUUUGCUAGUCCUGGGGUUUAUUUGGUUGUUUGGUUGUUUGGUUGUUUGAGGCUGGAUGGGAAUAGAUGGAUAGAUGAAGAGAGGGAGUGCAGGAAUACAGAAGAUCAUCAAUCGAUCGAGAAAAUCUACAGGAAGGGAAGUAGUUGGAUGUUGGUUACGGCGCGGCCGAAGAUUAGAUUUGUGUGGGAAGUUUUCCUUAUAUCUUGCGAGGUUCUGGGUUUCUUUUCUGGUCUUUUUUUCUGAUGGGAUAUUUUUAUUUGACUUUACGUUUUGGUUUUCGCAUCUCUUGGUCUUCUUCUCUUUUUGUUCUUACUGUUUCAGACUUGGAAGUUUGAAGUUGGAAUUUCGUUGUGUGGCAUGCAUGUAGAGGUUUGAGUUGAGCUUCUAAUUCUCAUUACGAACGCGGAUACAUCAUUGCAUUCGAAAUAUCUCCUCUCAUGCGUGCGGAUUGUCAUUCCUGCUCAUAAGCUUUUCGUUCCAUUCCUCGGGUAUCAGUCUCUUUUCGGAGCGUUUUCAAAGACUUCAAGCAGAACGCUUUCUUAUCAACUGGAAUGCGGAUAUAGUGGUGAAUGGGAAUCGUGGAGUUGCUUGAUAUCAUAUCUUAUACUUUGUUCAUUCAGAUCUCUUCUCUUUACAUUCGUAUCUCUAUCUCGAUUUCAGAUUUGUCGGAUAUAGAUAGAUGAAUAGUGUGGUUGGAAGAUUUUGGAGAUAUAUACUCGCUACUCAAGUUUCUUUUUGAUACUUAGCCUACGUCUUUAUCUCAGAUUCUCAGUCUCGUUUUCAAGACAUUUUUCAAUAUGGCUUUACGAGUUGCACAAGUCUGCGGCAUCUGGUUCUGGCUCGCCUUCGCCUUCUUCCUCUUCGUCAUCUUCCACCAAUCCAACCUUGUGCUCCCCACCCCCAACCUAGACUCUCCCUCCCAAUUCCCCUCAUCCAUCUCCUCCAAACCCCUCACCAUCCAACAACGCAUCUCGCGCUCCGAAUCCGCCUGGCGCACCUCCGUCUCGCUCCGCCACGAAAUGGCCUCCCACCACCCCAAAUACCCACACAUCCCUCUCUUCCCCGCUCAAAAACUCUCCGACUUUUCCAAAACCCCCUACACCCUCUGGGACUUCUUCCCCGCAACCUGGACCUGUCCGCACGAUAUCCAGCGCGUAGGCCGUCUCGGGGACGGUGGAAAAUGGGUCUGCGGCAUGAGUCUCUAUGAAAAACAUCGCCCUUCUUCAUCUUCUUCCGCAUCCACCAUCUCCUCCUCCCAAACCACAAAUCCAGAAGAACACGGCAUAACCAUCUACAGCUUCGGCGUCAACGACGAAUCCACCUUCGAAGCCGAGAUGCUCUCUCGCAUCCCCAGCGCCCAAAUCCACGCCUACGAUUUCUCCGUUUCGAAAUUCGGGCCCCAGCUCUCCUCCUCCUUCGCCUCGCGCGCACACUUCCACAAAUACGGGUUGGGAGCGAAAGAUAUCCCCUCGCGCACGCCUCCCUUCUACACGCUACACACGCUCAUGAAACAGAAUAAUCAUUCGUACAUCGACAUACUGAAGAUUGAUAUCGAAGGGUCCGAGUACACCGCGCUGGAUGCGUUUAUGGAUUUUCAUGAUGAGGGGGGGAGUGGGGAUGGGACGUUACCCAUCGGACAGGUCAUGAUCGAGUUGCAUUUGGUGGAUGAUGAACAUGUACAUUUUGAACGCUUUACGAAGUGGUGGGAGCGAUUGGAGAAAUUCGGUAUGAGACCUACGUGGUUCGAGACGAAUUUGUUGGCGGUGACGCUGGGUGAGGGGAAGACGGAUCCCAGGUGUGUGGAGUAUGUGUGGGUUAAUGUGAAAGAUGAGAGGAGUAUUUUGUUGGGGGAGUAAAAGCUUGGAUCUAGGGUGUGUAAGAAUUUCCUAGAGAUCUAGAUUUUCUUUUUUUUCUCUUGUGUGGGUAUCUGGCCCCGGUUUGGGAUUUGGAAGAGACGACUGGAUUGGGACUUUUGGUAUAUAUGGGUAUGGAUAGGGGUCUGGCUGACUGAUCAGGACAGCAAGAGGUAUGUUUGUAAAUGAGAUGUAUAUCAUGAUAUAGAAUCUAUCUACUUGAAAUAGGUCUGCUAAAUUGCGUGCCUUGACAACAUUAAAGAGUUUCCAAGCCAUGAUAUGUCAUCUAAAAAUAUAAAUAGUAUAUGGAAAACUAAAUCCAAGGAUCUUUAUAUGUAUAUGACACAAACGCAAUGGAAGCAACCUUAAAAGUGUUAAUUAAUACGAUAUAUAUAU